CUGCUUUUGAGGGAUACCAUCUAGUCAACCGAAUUUUUUUUACUUUUAUUUGUGUAUUUUUUAUAUAAAUUGCAACUGGAUACUUAUAAACCAAAGAUGACCUCUGAUGUGAGUCACCUGAACUCAGUCUUCCCCCUACUUUUGGAGUCCAUUUUCAUGUCGUCCUCUCUGGCGGUGAUUUUGAUCGACUGGAAUGACAGUUUUCUGGAAACAUCUUUACUGAGGAUGCUUCAGAGUUACCUCCCUAGAUGGAGGAUCAGGAACAUUCGUCAGGAUGUGUAUAUCUGCCUAGUUAUUCUAGCUCUGAGCAUGAUUUACAACAGCUCCAUGAAGACUUUAAGUAUCAACCCAGAGAUCUGUAGAAUGACAGCUGUUACUAUUGUUAUACUUGUGUCAUUCUGGCUUCAGAAUAAGUCGAAGACUAAUAAUGUCUCUGAUAAAUGUAUUGGCACCCCAGAAGUUCAGCUCGUCAACAAAGCAGUGGGCGGGUCCCCAGUAACACACAAGGAACAGGAAACCAGUGUCUCCACCUGCUGUAGAGCUGGGGUACCUCAAUACCUCCUGUCAAUGUUCCCCUCCUCCCCUGGGCCUCAGUCUGAGGUCAACAUGGAGGAGGAGUUGAGAAUGCCCUAUGUUGAGGCCUUCAGGACACAGGUGGAUGAGGAGGAGGUAUGCAAUGAGGAGCUGAUGACUUCUAUAGAGUACCUCAACACCCUCAAGGGAGGGAUAGAGGUGUACAGGAGUGCUGACAAACUGAUCGAUGCGGUGGACCACAUCCAGCGGAUGGGACAGAAGUCACGCCUGGAUGACUCUGGACUUCCCCGGGAUUACUCUUAUGAGGAGCUCCGUCACAUCGUGGUGGAAGAGAGCGGCUAUCCCCUGGAGGAUUUGGAGAGGGUGUUAGAAAAGAGCAGUUUCCCACCGUCUCCAGAGGAGUUUGUUGACAUACAUCACAAGAUGAAAGGUAUAGUACAACUGGAGAGAGAGAUGGAGGAGAAGGAUAGAGAGAUGGAGGAGACCACACAGGAAGUGGUGGAAUCCCGACAGAAGAAUGAGUCACUCAGACAGAGGCUGCAGGAGAAGGAGAGGGUCAUCCUACAGAACCAGCAAACCAUACAACAAAACCAGCAAGCCUUACAACAGAGAGAUCAAGCCUUACAACAGAGAGAUCAAGCCUUACAACAACAUCAGCAAACCAUACAACAGAAGGACAGACUCAUUCAGCAGAAGGAUGGAUUACUGCAGCAGGAGCGACAGAGAGUGAGAGAGAUGGAGCAGAACCCAGAGGGAGAGUGGCAGAGAAGACUCCGUGAGAUGGAGGAGGAGAUCCGCCGUUUGUCCGCUCAGUCAGAUCGUUCUAAAUGCAAAAUCUGUCUUGUGAAGGAAGUGCAGGUGUCCUUUUCACCAUGUAAUCACCUGAUCUCAUGUCAGGAGUGUGUUAAAAAUCUGAAAGUCUGCCCUAUGUGUAGGAAGCCUAUUCAGGGAACAGCCACCGUGUUCUUUGCCUAACAUCAGGAAGCUCUGUACCCCAGUGCUUUGGCAGCAGCUACUCUAGUUAGUAGCAUCUCAGUUGUAGUGUUUGUUGAUAUUAUUCUAUUUUGAUUUGGUUUAAAUUUUAAAUUUAAAACUUACUGCUGCAUGUAUUAGGUUCACUUUCAAUUUUUAUACCAUUGAGAUACCUUCCAAUACUAUUGGUGCAAAAACAUUUGAUUUCUUUGUAUUUGGGUGACAAUGAUUCUGGAAAUUGAAAACAUUGAAAUUUCUAUACUUCAGUGUAAAUGUUAAGAAUAUAUCUCUGUAUAUAUAGUAUAUUGAUUUUGAGAAUUUUUUGUAGGUGAAUAGUGAAUGAUUUGAAUGGCAUUUGUCAGGAAUACUUGUAAAACUUAAGGGCAGCAUGUGCAAUAUGAGGAAAUGAAUGGGUGUGUUUUAUUGUAUGAAUGAAUUGUCACGUGUUAAAACAGUGAAUGUGCUGGUUUUAGCUUUUAUCAUGUUGACAAAAUAUAUUAGCAAACUUUUUUUCAUUUUAUCAUGUUGAACUUCACAUAAAUACAUGUAUCUAUUUCAUUUUAUCAUGUUUACAUAUUUCAUUUUAUCAGACACUAAUAUGGGAAGCGAGCUUUCUCACACCUAUAUUCAUAAACAUUAUCAGUUAUUGUGGAAUGAUUAGAAUUCGUGGUGGCUCAAUUUUCAUGGAAUUCGUGGGUACCCCUCACCCAGGUAUUUACAUCCUCAAUGAAUAAAGACAUUCCAGAGUUAUUUUUAUUACAGAUAUAUAAAUAAAUCCACGAAAUUACGUUCCCAUGAACUCGUAAAAAUUCAGCAAUUCACGAAAAGUGGCCCCACGAAUAUUAAAUGAUUCUACAGUAUAAUUAUUUCAUGGAGUGCAAGUUUUUUAUGAUAAGUGAAAGUAAAAAUAUAGGGCUGUGAUAGUUGUAUAUAGUCAUAUGAAUGUGUUUUAUCAGGCUAUAAAUGUUGUGUUGUAUAUAGUCAUAUGAAUGUGUUUUAUCAGGCUGUAAAUGUUGUGCUUUAUAGCGUGUGUCAUGUUCUGAGUUAUGUAUGAAAAUUUGAAAGUUUGGUGAAACUUCAUUGUAUAUUGUAAUGGAUUUGGCAGCAAUCAUAAAAAGUACCGGUAUUCAACUUCUUAAAAUAAUUGCAGUAACUCGUAUACAAAUAUCAUAUUGUUAAUGUGAAAAUUUGAAGAAGUUUGCAGCAGAUUUUGAAACAAAGAUCGCGUGGUUUUUUGCAAUAUGAAAUUUGCAGAAGUUUUGUAGACAAAGUUUAUUAUAAAGCACAGCACAUUAGAAGAGAUCUGUAGUUUCUGAGUCAUUGGAUCAGUAAUCAUAGAUUAUUCAUAAACAUGUAGAUUGAUAUACAUAGAAUGUGGUAAUGUGAGUGAUAUGGCAUUCCUACUAGCUCUGGCGAGUGGGUUAACCCUUUAGCUUGAUUGGUAGAGUGCUGGACUUGUGUGCCAGAGAAUCUGAUUCAAAUUCCACCAGAGGCAUAAAAAAUGUCUCUGUUACAUAAAGUAGCUUGGGGAAUAAAUUCGAGAUGUGAACAUUUAGUAGAUAUUUAUGACGAAAUGAAAGAAAACAAGUUUUGUAAGAAAUGUGUGAGGCAGAUUUUUAGAACAUUGCAACCAGUACAUAUAUACUAUUAUGUAGCAGGUAUAUAAAUUUUAAAAGUCUUGGUAUCAUGAAAUGUUAAAACACUGUAUAUUUUAAAAGUCUUGGUAUCAUGAAAUGUUAAAACACUGAUAUAUUUUUCUGGAGUUCUGUUAUUUAGAGGCGAGUUCUCAGGGCUGUUAUAGAGGGUAUAGACUCAAUCCAUGUCAUACAUGACACUGAAUCAGAUGUGUUCUUAUCAAGAGAAAUUCUGUAGUUUGUGAUGAAACAAAGU